CCAGGGGCCAUGCAGCUGUCACAGGCAUUGCUACUAUUGCUGCUGGGGGCCUGGGCCAUCCCAGGGAGCCUUGGGGACCAGGCUGUGCUCACAGCCACUGCACCACAGAUGGAUGAUGAGGAGAAGUACUCCGUUCAUAUGCCUGUUCACCUCCGCUGCGACGCCUGCAGGGCUGUGGCCUACCAGAUGUGGAAGCAUCUGGCAGAGGCAGAUGCCAAGCUUCAUACCUCAGAGCCCAGGGGACAGCGAGAGCUGAGCGAGUCAGUGUACACAGACGUUCUGGAUCGCACUUGCUCCCAGAGCUGGCAGGGCUAUGGGGUCCAGGAAGUGAACCACGAGAAGCACUUCAUAGGCCCAGGGCUAAGCGAGGGACCCAAGUCACUCAUCAGCAUGAUGGUCACAGGAGGCCCCUGGCCCACCAGGCUCACCAAGACAUGUUUGCAAUACCUGGGGGAGCAUGGGGAAGACCGGCUCUAUGAGACGCACUGCCAAGGCGGCCGGGAGGCCCUGGAGGCCGUGCUGUGUGGGGGCUCCCGGGGCGCUUGCUGGGAGAAGCCAGCAGUCACAGAGAAAGAGCUGUAGUCGGACAGCGCCUUCCUGGAUCCUCGGCUGGAGGCUGAGGCUUCCCUCUGGAUGGCCCCCUUUCUUCUGCA